GUAUCUUAAAUAGGGAGUAUAUAUUGUCCGCCUACUACCUGACAUUACUAAAAAGAAAAUAAAUUGGCGGAGUCUGUACAAUCUCUCCAUCCAAUCCCCAUUCGCCUUUGCUUUUCAGCAUUGAAGAGGAGGAGGAGGAGGAAGAAAGACGGCUGAGGUGGUGGUGGAUGAAUCAACAAUACGUUAUUGCCGCCCAUACUCAUUGCGGAUAUUCCGGCCAGAUCCGUGCACCAGAAUCUCCUCCUCCGUCCUGCCCACUUCAUCCUUCUUCCACCAAGAAGGUCCACGCAAAUGGCUUCUUAUCCCUAUCAGCUCAUCAAGCAACACCUUUGUGAUGAUAAUUGCAGCGCCGGCGAUGGCGUUCCCCAGCCUUGCGACCUUCCGGACUUCUCCCUGCGGAUUGAAUCCACCACUCACGGCGGCACUGAUCCUGACUGUCCCCUGAAGUCCGCCGUCCCCAACUCUACUGGAAAGCGCGUCCGUCUUGUCUCCCUAGACGUUUUUCGAGGGAUUACAGUAGCCCUAAUGAUACUUGUUGAAUAUGCCGGUGGGAUCAUGCCCUCUAUCAAUCAUUCACCAUGGGAUGGUUUGACCCUGGCAGACCUUGUUAUGCCGUUUUUCCUUUUUAUUGUAGGACUAUCGCUUGCACUUGCAUAUAAGUCACAGAACCUAUCGAACAGAAUGACUGCAACUGGGAAGGCAAUACAUCGGGCACUUAAGCUCUUUAUCAUUGGAGUCUUUCUCCAAGGAGGCUACUUUCAUGGACUCUACAACCUAACUUAUGGAGUGGACAUGACGCAAAUCAGAUGGACAGGUGUCUUGCAGAGAAUUGCUAUAGCUUAUUUUGUGGCAGCUAUUUCUGAAAUUUGGCUUAAGUAUGACUGCAAGGUUGAUUCAGGAUUAUCUUUGUUAAAGAGAUAUCAAUACCAAUGGUCCAUGGCUUUUGUGCUUAUUUCCGUGUACCUCUCUUUGUUCUACGGUCUUUAUGUUCCAGAUUGGGAGUAUCACAUUCCAGUGGAAAUGGCUUCUUCUGAUUCAAAGAUACUCUCAGUGAAAUGUGGUGUGCGGGGAGAUACUGGACCAGCAUGCAAUGCAGUUGGAAUGGUUGACCGUGCAAUUUUGGGACUACAACACUUGUAUAGACGGCCAAUAUAUGCACGAACAGAAGAAUGUAGCAUUAAUUCUCCAGAUUAUGGUCCACUUCCUAUAGGUGCUCCUUCAUGGUGUCAAGCUCCCUUUGACCCCGAAGGACUUUUAAGCUCAUUGAUGGCCAUUGCAACUUGCUUUGUUGGUCUCCACUUUGGACACAUAAUAAUCCAUUUCAAGGAUCAUAAAGCUCGAAUUCUGCAUUGGAUAAUACCAUCAUGUUUCCUCCUAAUGUUAGGGGUGGCAUGUGACUUCCUCGGGAUGCAUAUAAACAAGGUCUUGUACAGCUUCAGUUACACGUGUGUCACUGCUGGUACUGCUGGAGUUCUCUUUGCUGGAGUGUAUAUAAUGGUUGAUGUGUAUGGGUGUAGACAUUUGACGACUCUGCUGGAGUGGAUGGGAAUGAAUGCAUUACCUAUUUAUCUUCUCGUCUCUUGCAACAUAAUUCCCAUUGUUUUGCAGGGAUUCUAUUGGCGGCACCCUGAAAAUAACAUUCUUUCAAUGAUAGGUAUUGGGCACAAGUAACAAUCUACGAACAGAGACAAACCACAUGUGGUUAUGGCCUAUGCUUCUUCUCUACGUGGUAGAAGAACUGAAGAAGCAUAUGGGGGAAGGAACCAGCACUUGAACGUGAUUUUGCUCACAAAUUAAUACGUACUCUACUCUAGCCCCCUAUUAUUAUUGUUAUUAUACGGAGUAAUAUAUGCUUAGAUACGUCCAUAUUCCACCGGCAUAUGGAUAGCUCCAUGUCCACGUCAUUGUAACUUGUAAUUUUGCAACAGUAUAAUAAAUAAUACCUUAGAUUAGGCAUUAUACGGAGUUUCUUUUUUGGUUUGAUGUUCUCAUAUUAGUCAACCCAGCUUGCGGCUUGUCUUAUACUUCGUAUAUAGGAGCGUUCUGGUGGGUGUGAAUUUAUUUUAAAAUGAAACCAAGUAUUAUUAUUAUUAUAUUAUAUUA